AUGACCGAUAUCCAGACCACUGAAAGCCAGUUCCGGCUUUCCGAUGGAGUUGCCCUCUACCAGAAAUCAUGGGCUUCCAGUAACACUGCGCCUGUAGCUCGACUAGUCCACUUCCAUGGGUUCAGCGAUCAUAUCAAUAACACCUUUGAUCUGUUUCCUUCGCUUGCCGGCCGCGGUAUCUUAUGCACAGGAGUAGAUCAACGUGGUUGGGGUCAGUCGGCAAAGGACAAGACAAACCGCGGCAAUACAGGUCCAACAGCUAACAUACUAGCCGACUAUGCGGCUUUUAUCGAGGCCCAACUUCAAGCCGAACCUUCAGUUCCCGUUUUUGUGAUGGGCCAUUCUAUGGGCGGUGCAUUGGUCGCCACUUUAGCUUCUACGCCCAAGUAUCAGGACCUUGUGUCCCGUCUAGGAGGUAUCAUACUCGAAGCGCCGUUUAUUGGCCUGGAUCCGGAGACCGAGCCAAGUAUUAUAACAAUUUACAUGGGCCGGCUAGCUUGCAAGAUACUGCCGCAAUUUCAGAUCAGCCAGCCGGUAAAGGCCGAGGCGGUCGUGCGCGAUCCCGCUGUCCAGCAAAUCCUGAAGAACGACCCGCUGAACCAUGGCAUUGGCACUCUCGAGAUGUUCGCAAAUAUGCUCGACCGAGCAGCCGAUUUGACAUCCGGAAAGCUGAAACUUAACGACGGAAUUCGUUCUGUCUAUGUGGUCCACGGCACGAAUGACAAGGUCACCAGCUAUAAUACUAGCAAGCGUUGGUACGAUUCUCAGACUGGUAAGGUCGCCGACCGGAAUUUCAAAUCCUACGAAGGCUGGAGUCAUCUUCUACAUGCGGACCUGCCGGAGAACAGGCAGUUGUUUGCUGAUGAUAUUGCGCAAUGGAUCUUAGCGAGGGUGUAG